AUGUCGUCAUCACACCCCGCUCCCCAAUCCUUCGUGGCAGUUUUCGUAGGCGCAACGAGGGGUAUUGGUCUCGCUACUCUCAAGGCUCUUACCCGGGCUUUGCCUAAUCCGCGGUUCUACGUUAUUGGUCGGUCGAAAGCGAGGUUUGCGGGUGAACUCGCUCUGCUAAACGAAUACAACCCUAAUGCUACGAUACAAUUCGUCCAAGCUGAGGUUUCGCUUAUCAAAGCCAUUGAUGGUGCUUGUGAGAGGAUUAGGAACUUGGAGAAACAUGUGGAUUUGUUGUUUAUGAGUCCAGGAUCUUUGGCGUUUGGUGGACCGCACUAUACUGGGGAGAAGCUUGAUCUUUGUUUUGCUCUAUCCUUUUACAUCCGCAUGCGUCUUAUCGAACGCUUACUCCCCAUGCUCAUGCAAGCACCCCACCCACGGGUUCUCUCCGUCUUAGCCGGGGGUCACGAAGGUCCACUCUUCACUAAUGACGGAGAUAUUGGAUUGCGCAAGAAGGGUAACUAUACAGCUCCGAGGGCGAGCGCUGGGAUAGUAGGUGUACUAGCUGGGAAGAUCGCUCUGCCUAUUUAUCGAUUCAUAGCUAUGUCUGAGGAAGAAUGUGGGCGUCGACAAGCUGAGUAUGCUUUGAGUGGGAGAUAUCCAAGCAGAGAAAUGAUUUGUUCUGCAGUUGUUGACGUUACUGAUCAAGCAGCCUGCUAUGGGUCGUGUAGUGGUUUCUAUCGUGUCUUGAGUGACGGGAGCACAGCUACGGAUGGCAAGGUUCUGGGUCCUAUGGAGAGGGAGGAAUGGCCUCUGGAGGUUUUUGAGCAUACUCAAAAGGUCUUUGGGGAGAUAUUGAGUCAGAAGUAG